UGAUUGUAAUCGCUUUUCUUUUCUCGGUGUAAAAUUGCUAUACAUGAAACAUUAUAAAACAUUUACGUCCGUUUCGCGUUGCGCAUACACAAUGUAAAGGAAAAUAAAAAAAAAAGACGUGGAAGCUGCGCGCGAACACGGAGCUGUCCGCGCUGUAGGUAUUUGUGCACGCACACAGAUGACCGAAGGAGAUCAAUAUCGGUAUGGCGGCGCGGGAGGAGCUGCUUCGCACGGUGCGAUCGUCCGCGGUCGACGGUUGACGGAGUGAGAGAGAGAGAGACAGGAAAAAAUGGCACGCGACGUUUCUCGCCGGUCGACGGAACGGCCAGGGUGGACCUCCACGAGUCGGACCGCACGAGCCGAGCGCCCGGGAUCGCACUAGCGGACGCGGUUCCUCGUCGUUGACGGAAACGGACGGCACGUCGGGGGAAAGACGAGGAGUGCGCGAGAGACGCAUACCGGUUGACAGAUCGUCGCCACGCGCUGCGCCCGAGAGACGACGAUUGAACCAUCACCAUGGCGAAAGAGAUGAUGAUAGUAUUCAUUUACGACACUGCAAAGUGUUGUAAAGAGGAGGAUGAUCCCGCCGAGGCGGUUCUGUACUUCCAUCCGGCUUGGGUAUCUCUCACGCAGAGACUGGCCCUGGCGGGGCAGCUGAUGGGUGUGCAUCACUUCCUGACGACGUCGUUUUCAGCUCCACGGUCCAUCACAUUGCAAGGCGGAAAGUUUGUGUUGAAGAAGUUUGGGCAGUACGUGCUGGCAGUGGGGACUGAUAGAAACAUACACGACUGGAUACUCGAGAGACGCGCCGAUACUCUGGAAUCGUUGUUGAAGUUCUUCCAUUGCGAUCUCGUCCAGAUACUGGAAUCCCUCAACAACGAUCGUAACAGAUUCACCGAGAAAUUGUAUCAGAUGUUUGAGACCUACCUGCCCAUUCUUCAACAUAGUGCCAAUCUGUUUUCCAACAUUCCUGUUAUUAAACUUCCAAAGAGUGCCAGCAACAUAUUUCUGGAAGGAAUGCAAGUGUUGCAGCAUUGUCAAGAGAUAAAUGGCAUUUUGGGCGGAGCAUUGUUUUACAAUAACAAGAUAGUCUCAACACAGCUAGGAGCGGAUCUAACGAAACAAAUAGUUAUAACUGAUCCUUACAGAAUAAAGGCUCCUGCGGAAAGGAUACCCACAGAAUUUCACUUGCCGAUCGGUGUUCAAUUGUUACAAGUGUACAUAGAACGGAAGCAAUUCGCAAAACUGAUGCAAGAGGCGAAUAACGAGCGAUAUUAUAAUUCGUGUUUAGAUACUGUGACCAAGAAGAUAUUACAGAAAAAGACCGUAUCGAAGACCGGCGUCAAAGAGCCGCUCAUCACGUCCGGCAUGAAGCGGGACACAUCGAAGAUCUUCACGGUUCCCGAGGAGGGUGAACUGGACGCGACGAAUUACGGCCCGCCGGCGCUGCAGUACGUGUCGUCCGUGCCGCUCGCGAUCAGCCACGAGUCGCCGAUCAGACGCAAGCAAGAGAGCAAACCGGAACGUCCCAAGGUUGCCGUCACUGCCAACCCGCUCACGCCCAGUGUCUGCGCGACGCCGUUGAAGGACGUGGACCGGGUGCUGCACGGGAACGCCAUGCUCAUCUGCUCGUCCGAGAGCGGCGGCGAGAACGAGGGAGUUAGGAGCUCGUCGAAAAGUGGCGACGACGACGACGACAUUCCCGACGUCGUCAAAGAGGCGCUCAGGUGCAAACGCUUGAACAAGCUGAGAAACGCUACUUCGAAGAAGAAGCUGAUGAAGAGGAGGGAUCCCGACAGGAAGAGCGUGAGCCUGCCAGAUUUGACGUCAUCAAUUAAGCCACGCCUGAACGGUAUUCCUAGGGCUGAUCCGGAGUUAGACAAAAUGCUGUGCAAAUUGAAUGAAGCCUCGCCGGACGACCGCGAUCCGAAUUCGCCCCGGCGGAAGCUCACCAGAGGUAGCAUGCGACACUCACGCACUAUCGUCGAUCCCUGUUAUCCCGUCUUCCGAUACGACGGUCUGCCGGUCUCCCAGUCAUUGUACGAGCAAUACAUCGCCUCCCACUGCGAGGAGCUGCGUGAUAACGGCGAUAGUGUUCGCGAGCGUCGCGGCGGCGACGAUGACAAUCUGCAAUCAAAGAGUCUGCCGAGCGACCUGACGAGCGCGAAAUUACCGAUAAACAGCAAUCAAAAUUCAAUCCCGAGGGAAGAAUGCGCCAAGCCUGGGUACGACAAAAGCAAGCAGGAGACGUACAAGAGAUCGAUGAGCCUGCCGCUGAAGCCGCUCAACAUCGUCGCCGAGGUGUCCAACGGCGACGAUCGGCGGAAAUCGACGUCGGAGUGCGGUGGCGUCGGAAGCUCGUUCGAGUUUCCGCAGAGACGGAAGCUGGACGGUUUGCAGCUGACGCCGCUGAUGUCGAAGCUGAGUCUGCUGGCCGACGAGCGAACCAGCGGUUUCUGCAGCCGCGAGACCACGCCGAGCGAAUUUCGCGACCUGUCCGGAUUUUCCGGCGGCGCGACGGUCACCGCAGCGACGACGACGAAUCAGAUGAUCAGGCAGAAACUGGAGUCCGCCGAGAAGGAGGCGAGCGACGGCGAGGACGAGCUGGACGAGGACUGGGUCAACAAGGACGAUCCCGCCGCCUGCCUCGUGAAAACCGAGCUCUUUCUCUGCGGCUAUCAGAACAUGGUGCUGGUGCUGCUGAUGGAGAACGGCACCGCGAACAAUCCGGAUUUGAUACAUGCUUUGUGGCAUACUUGCGUGAGCACGUUGGGUAAGCUCGAAUCGCGGCUGCAACAGUGUCUGGAACCGCUGCCAUCCACGGAGAACAAGGAGCUGUACAGUAUUCUGAAUGUGGAUCCGCAGUGGGACACGGUGCAACGUUCUGGACUCUGGGGCGUUACCGAGUUGGACAUCGUGUCCUGCCUUCACGACAGAUUUACGCAAACCAGCAGUUUGACGGACAUUAUCGUCAGAACGGAAGACACGGUGGUUUACGGUAACCAGAGCGGGGGAGUAGAAGUUUUCUACCAGCAAGCAGUGGCGCCGAACGCUUUCGCGGCGCUUCCCACCCCGGCGGAUCUGAUGGGGAUCGUGGCUCUCAAGGCGAAACGUCGAUUGGAACGGGAUCACGGGAUCGUGCUGCUGUAAAUUGCGGGGACUGCGCGUUACUUCUUUUUCUUUUUUUUUGUCAGAAAAAAAAGGAGGAGGAUAAUGCAUACGUUCACGAUUUCGCUUAUUUGCUCUCGGCAAGAGAAAUUAUCAUAUCCAGUACAAGAGAGGGAAAGAGAAAGAGGAGAAUCGAAUGUGUUACUUUGACGAGAUAAUUUUAACAACGGGAAAUAUACGGGAAUGUUUUUCUACGUGUAUUUUUGUAAUCUGUGAUUUUCCAAUGUACCAAGCGUAAAUUCCAAAAAGAAUCGGCGGCAAAGAUCGAAGAGCUUUUAUAUACCGCUGCAGUGUACCUACGUAAUUCCUAGGCGUGUAAUUACCGUGUCGAGAAAUUUUCUACGAUAGCGACCAACCAGUUUGUACUUUACCGUUUCAUCAAUCGUGCAAACCGAUAUCAUAGCAAAUGUUAUUUAUAAUAUGUUAUAUAUGUUAUUGUAUAUAAGAUGUCUUAGAAUCGACGGAAAGUAGAUAGCGUUACAUUGUUUUUAAAAUAACUUGAGAGAUAGUUUCUAAAAUUUUAACCUACCUACGAUAUGUAUCGUGAGAGGCGGGCAUAUCUCAGUAGAUUCUGAUUUAUAAGUCAAUUAGAAGGGAGAAGCCUUUUGGGAACCAGACUUCGAAAGUGAAGGUAAAUAAUGUAAUAUUGUCCGUAAUUUAAUUUUUAAAGCGAGUUUUAGCCUUAACAAGAUUUUUAUUGGAUUCACCGUCUAAGUAAUUACUAUAAAAAUACUCGCUUUUUCUAUUAUUUAAAAGUUACUAAGAGAUGUAGAAUAUUGAUAUCUGAAGAAAAAGGUUGAUUCCGGAUUUUAUGGGAUACAGCACUGUAUCUUAAGUGAUUCUCGGACAUCCUGUAUAUAUAGCCGAUUUAUUGUACAUACGCAUUUAUUAUACAUAACGCAUAACGAGCCAUUACUAACUUAUUUGCAUUUUAAUCGAAUCAGCGCGAAUUAGACACUCAGUUUUAUUAGAAUUAGAGGAUAGUUAAAGGUAUAAUGUAUUCUCCGAGAAGAGAGACGGAAAUCAGUAUUUCGCGCUGCGUCCAGUAUUUCUAGUCGUCCGACUUGCUUUUGUAGGGGAAAAAGAAUAGAGAUGAAUAAUAAUAUUGCAAGAAUCAUCUAAUCGACGUUGUCAAUUUUAAUGUAAAAGAUAUUUUAUGCGACGUUUUAUGCGCUACUUUUUGCAACAUCACCGCCGUCUCGGUGUUAAUUAAAUCAAUUUUUUGUCUCAUAGUAUUUAAAUAAAAAUGUCGAUGACCUCACGCAGAAAUCUUCCUCGAGACAAGUUUUUCGUAACAACGAUAUGCAAUAUUUCCAAAAUAUUUAUGUUGCGAUUAAUUUAAAUGUUAUUUAAAUUGCUAAUACAAUGCAUCGAGAUUUUUUGGCGAGCAGAGAGAUUGAAUCAUGUUUUAUCAUUGCGUGUAUUCUCUGGUGAUCUUUUUCUCUGUGCUCUUAUGUUUUGUUUGCGAUGAAGUCUAAUAAAGCGAUUUAUCGUUCUUUA